UUGCAGUUCUACUCGCUUCUUCCAUUUCUGUGAAUCAAAGCCGCUCAUGUUUCUAUUCAGAGUAAAAGGAGCCAAGACACGAGAUCCGCAUGAGAGAAAGUCCAAAACCAAAGGAAAGUGUUGAGAACGCGUCAAAGUGACACAGUGUGUGGAGUUUGGGUCAGGAUGCGGCCGGCUCUGUUCCUCUGUCCCGUCCUGAUCUCUCUGUUGUCUGGACUGACCCUCGUCAGCGGCUGUAACAAAGCCCUGUGCGCCAGUGACGUCAGCAAAUGUCUUCUGCAGGGUCUGUGUCAGUGCCGGCCGUCGGAGGGAAACUGUUCAUGUUGUAAGGAGUGCAUGCUGUGUUUGAGCUCUCUGUGGGAGGAGUGCUGCGACUGUGUCGGAAUGUGUAACCCCAGGAAUUACAACGACAGUCCUGCCUCCUCCAAGAGCACCGUCGAGGAGCUGUACCGACCAAUCCCAUCGCUCUUCCGCGCUCUGACCGAAGGCGACGCCCCCAUUAACAUGAUGGUCGUGUCGUUCCCCGUGGCGGAGGAACUUUCCCACCACGAGAACCUCGUGUCUUUCCUGGAGACGCUCGACAGCCAGAGCCACAACAUCUCACUGCCCAGCAGCAGCAGCGUCCAUGACGAUGCCUUGUGUACGGUGGUCUACUUUGAUGACUGCUUGUCCAUCCGUCAGUGUAAGCAGUACUGCGAGUCAAUGGGCGGAUCAAAGUACCGCUGGUUUCAUAACGCCUGCUGUGAGUGUAUCGGACCUGAAUGUCUGGACUACGGCAGUAAAGCCGUCAAAUGCAUGAACUGCCUCAUCUGAGAGCUCAACACUGACUGUACACACUUCAUCUGCUGUUUUAUUGUAUAAAACACUUCUGGCCAUUUCUGUUCUUGUUUACAGAUCUUGUUUCUUAUUCUUGUCUUUGGGAAAAUAAGGUCACGUUUUUUUUGGUAAGUUAUCAAUACUGUUUGUGAAUUAUUAAAGCAGCAUGUAGAGGUCGAUUCUCAUUCAAAUCAUAUUCCAUCUGUAUAUAGUUCCCAUUUCAUAUUCAUAUU